AUGGACAUGGGCAUUCCUUGUUCACAGCUUGCCCGGAGGCUCCUGGGAAAGAUGCUGUGCCGGAGGAUCGAGGGAAGGACAACGAAGGGGAUGAUUGUUGAGACGGAGGCAUACCUGGGGAAGGAGGACAAGGCGUGCCAUUCGUACGGAGGGCGGAGAACCGAGAGGAACUCUGCGAUGUACAUGAAGGCCGGGACAUGCUAUGUGUAUAGGAUAUACGGGAGAUACGAGUGCUUCAACAUCUCGUCUGUUGAGGCGGGGGCUGGCGUGCUUGUGCGGGCACUGGAGCCGCUGUGCGGGGUUUCGGAGAUGAGGGAGCGGAGAGGAGGCAGGGUCAAGGACCGGGACAUUGCAAACGGGCCGUCGAAGCUGUGCAUUGCAAUGGGAAUAACGCGGAGGGAGAUCGACAAGGAGUGGAUUGCGGGGAGUGAGAAGAUAUGGCUGGAGGAGGGCCGGGAGGUUGCAGACCCGGAGAUAGUUGCAGGGCGGAGGAUUGGAAUCAGAAACUGCGGAGAGUGGGAGGAGAAGAAGCUCCGGUUCUAUAUAAGGGACAACGAAUUUGUCAGCUGCAUCAGAAGAAGGGAGCUGGGCAACAGGAAGCACGGCUCCGUACAGCAGCUCCCUUGA